CUCGAAUAUUUCUGUUGAAACGGCUCUGUGUGACAUGAUCACAGUGACUUCUCUAGGCCUAUGUUUAUGCGGGGGAUGAGGUGGUGAUGAUUGUUGCUGCUCAAAUCAAACCCCACCUCCACACAAGUUACAGUGUCGGUAGGUACACCCCUUCUCCUCACCGGAUCCCUCACUCUCUCUUCCAGGCUCUUGUUCCGCUGCGGAGCCUUAGUAUUUUACCACCAUGGAGCUCCGCUAUGUGCUUAUGUUUCCGUGCCUUAUUUUGCCACUGUGCACGACGGACAAUAACCUGAGCAGCCGACUAGUUCUGGAGCCGUAUGAUUUCCUCUUCGACUCUGCGGUGGAAGCCUACUAUAAGGCGGACUGGCUGUCGGUUAUCCUGAACAUGGAGAAAGCGCUCAGGAACAAAGCUACAGUCCGCAGUGUGAAGGCUCAGUGCCGGCUGGGUUGUGCCAACCAGACCGCUUUCGGUGACCCUUUAUCCGGCUUGGGAGUUCCCGUACCGGGAGCCGGGUCUGUGGAGGACCUGGGCUUCUUCCAGAAAAUCCUGAAACGGGCGGACUGUGUAAACUCUUGCGAGAUCCAGAAACUCGGUUCGCCCACUCUGCAUCAAGUCAGUCAAGAAGUGGAACUGGAGUUCCAGAAGAGGACCCCAUAUAAUUACUUACAAGUCGCCUAUUUUAAGACCAAUAAGCUGGACAAGGCGGUGGCAGCUGCCAACACUUUCUUCCUGGCGAACCCAGAUCAUGUGGAGAUGAGGCAGAACCUGGAAUACUACAGGAUGAUGGCAGGAGUACAGGAGCAGGACUUUAAAGAUUUGGAGGCCAGACCACAUAUGGCAGAGUUUCUGUCGGGGAAGAGCUAUUACAGCGACGACUCAUUCAUUCUUGCGGCUGAACACUUUGAAGUGGCUAUAGAUGAGUACUUCGCAGGUGAUAAGGAGUGCAGAGCUCUGUGUGAGGGAGCCUACAACUACGAUGGAUACAACUACAUGGAGUACAGUGCAGACCUGUUCCAGACCAUCACAGACCACUACAUGCAGGUGCUGAAUUGUAAGCAGCACUGCUCUGUGGAGCUGGCCUCGACAGCUGGCAGAAACAAGCCCUUUGAGGACUUCCUCCCCUCACACUUCAACUACCUGCAGUUCUCCUACUACAACCGUGAGAAGUAUGAGCAGGCCAUAGAGUGUGCUAAGACCUUCCUGUUGUUCCACCCUGAUGAUGAAGUGAUGCAACAGAAUCUGGCAUAUUACUCUGCUGUGCUGGGCAAGGACAAGGCAGAAGCCAUAUCACCCAGACAGGCAGUGAAACAAUACAUUCAGCAGUCCUUACUGGAGAAAGAGCUGCUCUACUUUGGAUAUGAAGCCUUUGGAAUCACCUUUGUAGAUCCAGACACAUGGACUCCUGAGGAUGUCAUGCCUCAGAAACUGAGAGAAAAACAGAAAGCUGACAGAGAGACUGCAGCGAGGAUCACAGAGGAAAUAGGAAACCUGAUGAAGGAGAUUGAGACUCUGGUUGAGGAGAAGAAGAAGGACUCUUUUGAUGAGGCGAAAAUGAUAGUACCAGAGGAAGCAUUGUCAGGAAGGUUACAGCCCAUGGCGCUAUAG